GGGGCCUGCCCUGCCAGCAAAGGCCGGGAGGACCAGGAACCCAGGAGAGCAUGGCCACGCUGCGCCGGCUUCGGGAGGCGCCGCGGCACUUACUGGUUUGCGAGAAAUCCAACUUCGGCAACCACAAGUCCCGCCACCGGCAUCUUGUGCAGACGCACUACUAUAACUACAGGGUUUCAUUUCUCAUUCCUGAAUGUGGGAUACUAUCGGAAGAACUGAAAAAUCUGGUCAUGCAAACUGGACCCUAUUACUUUGUGAAGAAUUUAUCUCUUCAUGAAUUAAUUACACCCGAAUUCAUCAGUACCUUUAUAAAGAAAGGUUCUUGCUAUGCACUAACAUAUAAUACAAAUAUUGAUGAAGAUAAUACAGUUGCCCUGCUACCAAAUGGGAAAUUAAUUUUGUCACUGGAUAAAGACACUUAUGAAGAAACUGGACUUCAAGGUCAUCCAUCUCAGUUUUCUGGCAGAAAAAUUAUGAAAUUUAUUGUUUCUAUUGAUUUGAUGGAAUUAUCCUUAAACUUGGAUUCUAAGAAGUAUGAAAGAAUAUCUUGGUCCUUCAAAGAAAAGAAACCAUUGAAAUUUGAUUUUCUUUUGGCUUGGCAUAAUACAGGUUCAGAAGAAUCAACAAUGAUGUCAUAUUUUUCCAAGUACCAAAUUCAGGAGCAUCAGCCAAAAGUAGCACUGAGCACAGUGAGAGAUCUCCAGUGCCCGGUGCUGCAGAGCAGUGAGCUCGAGGGAACGCCAGAGGUGUCCUGCCAGGCUCUGGAGCUCUUCGACUGGCUUGGCGCCGUCUUCAGUAAUGUCAGCCUAAAUAAUGAGCCUAAUAAUUUCAUAUCAACCUAUUGCUGUCCUCAGCCAAGCAUGGUGGUGGCAAAAGCUUAUUUGUGUACAAUCACUGGCUUCAUACUUCCAGAGAAGAUCUGUCUCCUGUUGGAACAUCUCUGAUUUCUUAAUGGUAAAAGGUCUGUGUGUCCACUCAGGCUUGUGUGAUGGUGACGUUUCUCAGAUCAGCAUUUGCUAGCAUCUUGCACUGCACCUGGGACCCAUCUGUGAUGGCGGCAGGGCCUGCUGUCCAACGAAUAGCUCAUAGUUGAUUUCUCUCUGUCAGCGUAAGCACAAGGUUGUGGUUACUACGUGGUAGACUGGGCCAGGAUGUCCAGGGACCGGGGGUAUUGGUCCCCAUCUCACCCCACUGGGUGAGAUACAUUUUGCUCAUUACAACUUUUUCAGAUAAUAAAAAGAAAUCUCAUCCUUACCAGGGCCAGUCGCUGUUGUAAGUGCUCUUUAUAUGUUACCAUGUUAGAUUCUCAC